CUACCUUUCUUCCUGCAACUUUCUUGUCUGAUCAUUAUCUGUAUGCCUUCCGAUUUUCAGAGGAUGAUGAGCUAUUAUGUAAAGGAAUGGAAUUAGUCAUCUUUACAUUGGAGAAUUUUUUAAGCAGCUUAUGAUGGCGAAGAAAGGACGGAAGGCGUCCACGAAACAGUUUUCGAGCCAUAUCGACCCUCGGAAGGAAGAAGAGCUCAAAUGGAUCAAAACAGAAGUUGAGAACAAUGUGAGAAGGAUUGUAAUGCUGAUCAAGAGCAGUGUGAACCAAAGCAAUCGCGACUCGAACCAAAGGAGGAAGACGGAACUAAUCCAACUUGUGGAAGAUUUCCACAAAAAAUACCAUUCUCUUUACUCCCUCUAUGACAAUCUCAAGGGAGAGGUUAGGGAAAAGUGCAGCGCGAAGAACGACAGACAUGGUGUUGAUUCAUCAUCAUCGUCAUCAUCUUCUUCUUCAGUGUCGAGCUCAGAUUCAGAAUCCUAUUUUUCGCCUGAGGAGGCUGCUGCAGGCGGAGGAGGAGGAGGAGGCAGAAGUGGUGGUUCAUCCGGCAGCGAGUCUUCCAACAAAAGAAUUAGGAAGCCACAUCGCAGCCGAGAAGAAAAACCACCAAACAUUGCUGUUGAAACUCCGGAUUCUGAGGAUGUCAUCCUUAAGGAUACGUUGACAUCCACGACCGAAGUGAAUGUGGAUGGUUUGGAUUCAACCCUUGGAUCUUCGUCAUUUGAUGACAGAGUGCCUCGACCAGAGGAACUCUUCAUCAAAGACUUGAGUGUUCAAUCAGACGAGAACGAGAGCAAGCUAAUGAAAGAAUGCUCCAACUUGAAGGAAAAAUUGGUUGAGAAGGAAGAACUUCUGUUGUGUGUUACCAAGGAAUACGAGGAUCGAGUGGCUAGUUUGAAGCUCGAGCUCGAAAACUCUCGCGCGAAAAUGAGAGAGUUCGAAGAGAAGAUGGAGAGAAAAUUGGAGAAAUUGAGAGCAUGUGAAGAGAGGAAAGGCAUGGAGGAUCAAAUUGAAAGUUUGAAUCUGCAGAAGGCUGCACUUGAGGAAAGACUAGAAUGCAGAUCAAAUGAGCUCAAACAAUUGGAAUCAGCCAAUUCUUCAUUACAAGCUAAGAUCAAAGAAAUGGAAACCAAAGAUAAAGAAAAAGAAGAUGAAAUUUCCGCUCUUCUUCAGAAAAACCACGAAAACAGAAAAGAUGAAAGAUCUCAUCAAGUCAACGGCAUGACAGAAAAGAUCAACUCUUUGCAACAAGAGAUAUUGUCAAUGAGCAAUCAAAAACUAGAACUGGAAACGUUACUUGAGGAGAAAUGUAGAGAAAUAUCGGAAUGCCAUUCGGAGGUAGAAUCAAUGAAACAAAAGAUUUCAUUGUAUAAUCAUCAAAAGAGCAGUUUCAACGACAGGUCAUCACGGAGCAUAGAAAAGGAAGAAGGAGAAGAAGAAGAAGACUUGAGGAGUAGAAUCGCUCAACAAGAACACACCAUAAAAAAGCUGAAGAACCAACACAUAGAAAUGAAGGAAAAAUUCGAAGAAGCCAACACGAAUUUCCAGAACGCGGAGAGGAAGAUAGACGAGAUGCUAGAGGAGUUGAGGAAGAAGUACGAAGACAGCCUCAGGAUCUUGAGCAGGAGGAUCCGAGUUGCAGAACAACUGCACACGGAGAACAAGGAAUGGUACCUCAAAACAAGAGAAACGUACGAGAGAGAGAACAAAGAGCUCAAAGAACUCGCGACGACACACAACAACGGAGUCAAGAGGAUCCAAGAAAUGUCGGUGGUUGCCAACGAAGCACUGGCCUCCCUCGACGCGGUUUCUCUGCAGUUCGAAAAGUGCACGUCGAACUUCGUCAGCCGAAUCUCGAGCGUCUCGUGCGAGCUCAACUUUGCGAAGGAUUGGGUUUCGAGGAAACAGAAAGCCAUGGCCCACGUGAAAGGCGACGUGGAUUGCCUCGUGUCGCAGCUGGGCGUAAAGGAGAGGGAGAUUAUGGUUUACCGGGAAAAAGUUUGGAAGUCGGAGAAUAAAGUGAGGGAACUCGAGAAGAUCGUCAAAGAAAGCGAGGAUGCAAUGUGUGACCUGAAAGAAGAAAAGAGGGAAGCCAUCAGGCAGUUGUGUGUGUGGAUUGAUUAUCAUAGGAGCAGGUGUGAUUAUUACAAGAAAAUGCUUGCUGAAGUUGGCUGCUUCAUUAAGACUCCAUAGAUGAAAUUUCUUGAUUCUUACAAGAACAUGUAUUUUUUUUUCUUGUUUGAUUUUUGAAAAAGACAAGCAGCUAGUUAGCAUAUAUACUGGAUAAGCAGUGUGAUGCUCUUGUCAAUCAUCACUAAUUGUGAUUUGUGACAAGACAAAAUUUUGUAGUUGCAUAAAGCUUAUUACAUAGU